GCCGCGCGCUCGCGAAAGCGGUCCCAUUUUCAAAGUAUAGACGUUGUUUUUUGUUUCGAAGAAUAAUUUUUUUUGCUCGUUUCGUCGGUACAAAGAGCGAAGCAAAAAUGGGUUACUUCAAGUGCAUAGUGCCAUUAGUUGUGUUAGUAUUGGUAUCUAGUGCCUCGGCCAGACCUGGCAUAUUCAGCGAAGGUCGCGGCCUAGGAACUGUACUGGACCCUCUGGGUCUGUUCCACCACCCCAGCAGCGGCUCGAGCGCCAGCGCCGACGCCAGCAGCAAGACCACCUCGCUGCAGGGUGGCUUCCAUCUGGGCCCGAUCGGCUUCUCCGGCUCUAUCAACAGCGCCAGCGCCAAUGCCCACUCCAACGCCGGCUCCAACGGCGGUGGUCUGCUCGGCAGUGCCGGUGGUGCGUCCAGCGAAGCCGUAGCCAACGCCAACGCCAACAGCUUCGGUAACGGCGGCGGACUCUCGCCCUACGGCGGUGGAUACGGCGGUGGCAAUUCCGGCGCCCAAGCCGCGGCUCAGGCCAACGCCAACAGCUUCGGCAACGCGGGUGGACUCUCGCCCUACGGAGGCGGCUACGGCGGCAACUCCGGCGCCAAUGCCCAGGCCUCGGCUCUAGCCAACAGCCAAGCCGGUGGAUACCCUGGCUUCUACGGGGGCGGUAAUUCGGCCGCCAACGCCGAGGCUUCGGCUCAGGCCAACAGCCAAGGUCACGUCAGGGGCAUCAGAUCGGCGUGCGACACGACCGACGCGUACGCCUACAAUCGAAGCUAUCCGCUAACUCCCGCGGUGAGGAAAGACGACGAGAUCAAGUUCAGCAUCGGUAUGAUCAGCGAUCUGGACGAGGACUCGAGGCAGAAGUCGAAGAAGGACCUGUGGCGCAGUCACCUGAAGAGGGGCCAGCUCACCUGGCACCCGCUCAAGAACGAGGUGUCGGUAAAGUGGGACAAGGGGGUGACCACCUUCUCCACGACUCUGAACAUGAAGGGCCGCGGCAUGGAGUUCUCGGAGCUGGUCGUCUUCGACGGCAGAUUGCUCACGUUCGACGAUCGAACAGGCGUGAUUUAUUAUUUCGAGGGCGACAACGCUUACCCCUGGGUUAUUCUGAUGGACGGGAACGGAAAGAGCUCGAAAGGAUUCAAGGCUGAGUGGGCCACCGUGAAAGACAAUCAGCUGUACGUCGGUAGUACCGGCAAAGAAAAGACCACCUCCAAGGGUGAAUUCGUCAGCAACGAUCCCUACUGGAUCAAAGUGGUGUCGCCUCGGGGCGAGGUUCAGGCCUACAAUUGGACGUCCAAUUACAAACGUUUGGCUAAGGCGAUAGACAUCGAGCCACCAGGUUACGUCAUUCACGAGUCCGGCGUGUGGAGCGACACUCGCAAAAAGUGGUUUUUCCUUCCGCGAAGAUGCUCCAAGGAAAAGUACAACAAAGAUAAAAACGAGUCGAGGAGCUGCAACGUCCUCUUAAUUGCCGACGAGACGUUUGAAAAUGUUCAGGCAAUUUUGAUCGGUGGCCACGUGAACAUCCGAGGAUUUUCUAGUUUCAAAUUUUUGCCCGGCACCAACGACACAGUAAUCGUCGCGUUGAAAACGAAGGAGCUGGAGAACGACACGGCCACCUACAUAACCGUAUUCAACACCGAGGGCAAAAUUCUCAUGCCCGAUCUGAAAGUCGACAACGACAAGUACGAGGGAUUAGAAUUUUUGUAAACUCAUUUUUUUUUGCCAUAAUUUCGAAUUAUGUAAGAAGAAUGCAACAUAAACAAAUAAAAUUGUAUAAUAAUGUAA